AUGGCUGCGCAGUGCCGCUCCGACACGCGCUUCCACCAUGUCCACGGCACCAACGUCCGCAUCGACCCCUCGCACACCCAGGCCACGCGGGUGGAGAGCUUUGCCAACGGGCUGUGCUUCAGCCAGGAGCCCCUGGAGCCCGGGCAGAUCUUCCUGGUGGAGAUAGAGGAGAAGGAGCUGGGCUGGUGUGGGCACCUGCGCAUCGGGCUGACAGCCCAUGACCCGCAGAGCCUGGAGGUAGUGCCCGAAUACUCGCUCCCGGACCUGGUCAACCUGGGAGACACCUGGGUGUUUGCCAUCACCAGGAACCACAACCGCAUCGCCCUGGACGGGGAGGAGGCGCGGGCGCCGGCCCGCGUGCAGGGCUUCCUCUCGGAGCCCUACCUGCUCAUAGAGCAGGUGAGGAUCCCCCGCGACAAGCUGGUGGGACGCAGCAGGCCCGGGCGCUACAGCCACAUCCUGGAUGACCUGUACAAGAUGAACGUGCUGCCCCCGACUGCCCGGCGGAGCAGGAUUGGUGUACUCUACACCCCGCAGCCCAACGGCACCGCGGACAUGCACAUCGUUAUCAACGGAGAGGACAUGGGGCCGAGCGCCAGGGGCCUCCCCACCGCCCGCCCGCUCUACGCUGUGGUUGACGUCUUUGCUUCCACCAAGAGCGUCCGUGUCAUCCAGGUGGAAUAUGGCUUUCCCUCCUUGCAGACCCUCUGCCGGCUGGUCAUCCAGAAGCACGUUGUCCAUCGCCUGGCCAUCGAUGGCCUGGACCUGCCCCCGCUGCUGAAGAAUUUCUGCAAAUACGAGUGAGGCGGUGAGGAUACCUUCUCCCGCUG